CGAAGAUCUUCAAGCGAUCCUUUUUUUGAAUCUAUUUUGUAUGGUUUAUUUUCCUGUUCAAUGCCAAGACCGUUCUCCAGACUCUUCUUUAGACUUUUUAUAAUCACAACCAGAGUUAGUGGGUGGAGCUAUUAGUAAGGGAGGGGCUAACUGAUAAGGAGGCUAGCUGUUAACCUGAGCUGUGGUGAUAAGGUGAGAGCUGGUACAGAUAAACGGGUCAAAAACAGUGGGAACAGCACACCUCGGAGUCGUGAUGGGCACGGCAGUUCUUUUAGAUGUACUGAAUCACUAGAAUCGGGUCACUAAAAAGAUUCGUUCAAAAGAUUCAUUCACCAAACCACCGACUCAUUUAGCGCUUGGCAGGAGAAGCCUGCGACUCUGACCUCCUGAACUGAUACACAGCUGAACGGUUCAGGAUUCAGUUUCUGGGACCGGGAGACACAAGUGUUUGGCUGUGUUGCUUUGGCAAACAGGUUUGUAAAAAUGAACUUGUGUAUAAGUCAUGAUGUUUGAAGUGUACUGUCCUAUGGUAUGCUAUUUAUCAGGUCUGCUCGGUAAAUUGGGCUCAGUGAGUGAUUCGUUCACUGAACAUUUAGAAGAAUUUAAACUAAACAUACACUGUUCCCUCGCAAACCGCUGAAAUGAUAGGAUGCUGCGGGUUUAAUGCACUACUUGUUAAAUGCUGUGUCCUAUUGUAUGCAAGUUGUUGUGGUGGCAAUUUAGCAGUGAAAAAAAGGUGGUUUUGUCCAACAAAAUUGAUUCCACAGAGUGUAGUUCAAUAUGUGAUUCGUUCACAAAGUGAUUCAGGUGCUGCUGGCCUGGCAAUGCUGUUUCUCACUUCAGCUUAACUGAAAUGAGAAACAAACGAAUCACUCGAGAAAGUGAUUCGGUUCAGUACAUCCACUUAAAAGAUUCGGUUCUUUUGAACAAAUUGUUCGCGCACGACACAACACUACCUCGGUGUCCUAGGGGCAUAUGAACAUAAACAUUGCUCUGUUUGUUAAUGUUUGGUAUCUUUUAUUUAAGUGUGUUUCACAUAUACCAAACCCCCCUCUUCUUAUUAUGUAAAAGAAAAUGAAGCAGGCAUCAGGGUUUCCAGCAGGAGGCGACAUGCAGCCUGGCCCCUGAGCCAUGUCAGCUCCUUCGGUCACAAAAUCUUUCCACUCAGAGGCUCAUCCAAAAAUGAUCCAAUACAUCAUUUUUCCCACAUUAAGCAUUCUCUCUGAGACUUGAUUCUUUUUGUUUGUUUUCACAUAUACUCUGCUUUAAGAUUUUCUUUAUUUUCUGAUCCUGAAAUCCUAGAAAAAGAUCCAGAGCUGAUUAAAUGAUCAUUGAAUCACUGACACAUGAAUGUGAUGUGAUUUGAUAGUUAACUGAGAGAAGAGACUGUCAGUAGUAAAGAAAACAGAAAACACACACACAGUUAUAUAAGAAGUGGGGAGAGUGUGUCAUGCUGCAGUGGGGGAGUCACAGUGGGGGAGUUCACUGUUUAUAGGUUUCAUUCAGUUUGCAGUGACUUAACUUUACGUGAAACGGCUGUUAAUAAGAUCAGCCCUCAGUGCUGAACAGGAACUUUGAAGGUCCUAACAACAAGUCAGAGUUACAGUAAUUUGAUGAAGAACAAAAAUUCUUUCACAUGCGAGUACUCGGCCCUUUGUUUCCAACCAUCGCUUUUGUAAUGUUUAAUUGUUUCCAGCUUUUAUUUAUGUUCUCAUGUCUGAGAGUGUCCGUGAAAGCAUCCAGUGACGGUUAUAGAUGUGUUUCAAACAAAUAAACACAAUCUUGAGCAAUACAGCGUUACCAUGGUAUUUUUUUUAUAGAUUUUUGGGGGAGUAGUUGAUUCUGAUUGGCUGCUUGGUGCUCAUUAACUUCUGAUACUUAAGAUUCUCUGUUUUUUUUUAGUGAAAGGGUGUUUGUUUUUCUGGAUUGAUUGGCUGUCUUUGUACCAGUCUUAAUCUAAGUCCAUGCCUCUGAUAAUACUAGCCAGUACAAACCUGGUUAAAAUAUAAAAAGCUAAAUGCAACAAUUCUGCUGGUUACACUUGGACUUUCUCUGGGAGGACCUAUUGCAUUGCACACCAAAACUAUCAACAAACAAGUUAGCAAAAGGCUAACUGUUUGCAUGCUGAAUGGUGUUCUUCAUCUGUUGAGGUUUUGUGCGCUACCUUGCUUCCCAACAACAUAUUUACACUCUUCAACUUCCAAGUCCUGCAUACAAAAUGUGGCGCCAGUUUCAGACUGACUGAGAUGUAUACAAACAAAAGAUUAUCUGUUCUUGGCCAAACUGUCCAGGGAUGAAUUUAAGAAAUCCAUUAGGGAUUGUUGGGGAGUACCGAUGCAUGACCAUGUGUUUUAAAGCCCAGUAUCAGAACUAACCUUCAUACUAAUGUAAUAUGUUGAUUUUUCACUAUUGUGCAAAUUUUGUUACUGAUACUAACACGUGAGAAAGAUUUUUAAGAAAAGACAGAAUUUUAGAUAUUGAUUCUUGUGUUGCACCAAAGUAUUUGCAACUACUUGAAGAAAGAAUCAGAGGAAGUACACUGCUUCUCUUUACAUGGUAAUACUAUGAAAAACAUUCACAUAACCUCAUAUCCCAAUCCCUGUUCAGCUCUUUGCUUCAAGCUACUGGAUGCUAAGUGCUGUUAUUUGAUUAGAUGGCAAUACACUGUACUCACAUAUUUAACAUUUUCAGCAAUCCUCAAUUCAAAACCAACCCAGACAUAUCAGAAAAAUAACCAUUUGGCAUAAAUCAGCAGAAAAGGACAAACAAUAAUGACAUAAACCAUGAUUGAAAAUAAUUGUUUUGUCUUUAUUUUUAUUUUCAAUUGACCCUUUGACCCAUUUAUUGACAUGGAGGAGGUUUGGUUUACACCCAAUUCUAGAGCGAGUCAGUAGGGGGAGCUCUAAAUGUUCUGAAUCCACAGCCUGUGAACACCUGUUAUAUUCUGUUUAAUAUUCAGCAAACAGUUUUCCCCUUCACUAUUUGGCACCUGUUUUUGUAUACCAUUAAUCUUAAUAUCUCUGUUUGAAUCUCUACCAUUAGAACUGAGUUAAUGUGGUAAUGUGGCUUUAAAUCUAAUAUCAGGAAGCUAUCAAUAAUCAUAAUAUAGAAACCUGACUGAUAAAAACCUGCUGGCCUGACUUCACUCUGUGUUGCAUCACUCACAAACACAGCUCUCUGUGUGCUCUGCAGUAAACAGAAGCAGGCUGAUGAUUCUGAUGUUUCUGAAUGUAACAGUAACCAGAUGUGUAAUAUGUUUAUGCACAGGGGCUCUCUCAGCCCUCAGUUUGUCCUGCAGGCUCACAGAGAUUUCACAUUAAUGCUUCAUACCCUGAAAAAAUCGUCCUCAUUUUAAAACAGGAAAUCAAGAAUAAAACAGGGAGCAGUUUGCUUGGACUCUCAGACUGCUGAUGGUUUGAUGUGUAGGAGAUAUGAUUUUCACUUUGUAUUUCACACUGUAGAAAAAUUAAAUACAUCUUAAAUAUCUAAUUAUUAAUUGCAAAGGGUACCAAAUCUCUGAGUUACACUUAAUAUUAAAACACACAGUCCUUUAACAUUAAAACCAAAUUAGAUAACUUUUCACCCAUUUAAGAUACAACAUGUUAAUAACUUUUUUAGUUAUACAUAAGUUGUGAUAUUGUUUACAUCUUAAAAAAUAAUAGAUUAAUAAAUAGGAAGUCCUGGCAGUCUGUCAGUUAGAGCCAUCAAAUUCCUGAAUAUAAAGGAUGACUUCACAAAUUAUCGUUAAAGAGUCACUCAGGACAUUCUGUUAAUUGAUGAAAUCUAACAAUCUUUAAUGUCUACAUUUUAAUAAAUGCGUGUCAACCCAUCCAAGCAAUAGUCUUCCCACCAGAGAUCAUUCAGACGACACUAAGACCAGAUGUGGUGAUGUGGUCCAAGGCUGCGAAAAAGGUUUGAUGGCAAUGCGAUGUCAGUGCUUGCCAGUUUCCAGUCACUAUGUUUCCUCCUUGUACAAACCCAUGGCAACUGAAUCUGAUCUUAACAUGUUGCAAAUGUUGUGUGGCAGUUAAUCAUACUGCAAUUAUUACAAAGGAGAAAAGAGGACAGAUGUGGGAAGAGGCUGACUGUAUAGCCGAUUAGGCAGAGAAGUUGGCAGUGAUACUGGAAAUGUCUGCCACCAAGCUGACCAAUCACAUGGCUUGAGGUCCAUGUGAUUUUGAAAAGCUAAGCACACAGGCUUCUGCUAUGUGGACAACAGUCUAUGUUGUGAUGCCAGUUCAGUGCAAAAGCAGGCUUUAGUCCUCAUCUUUUGUUGGCAGAUGCCAUUGCCUCAGAUCAAGUGGAAGACUGAGCCCUAAAUGUCCAAAGGUGGUGCGGUCUUCCCUGGGUAGCUACUGUGGAAUUUAUGGGCUGGUAUCUGACCACAGCUUUGCCUUCUGGCUUUCUUGUCAGGUGGAGGCCUUGUGAAGCAAUUGGCUGCUUUGUGAGCCAGUCGGCUGAACAGAGAAGAAUGAUUCUGGAUAAACUCUGGAUUCAGGUUCAUCCACAGUCUUGGACAAAGGGCUGGGCAUGGGCAGGAAGUUUAUGUUUGUUUUCCUGGGUGGGUGACUAUAAAGGCUGGAACAGUGAGGUGCCCAGUAGGAGAGCUGGUGAGGUUGUGGUGGACAUUUUCGUGUCCUUGGUGCAGUCUGAUUUUGGCUCCUGUUUUGUGAGUUGUGUCUGACAAUGGAGUAGGGAUGGAACUCAUUUGACAGGCUUAAAGUGGCCUUGAGGAGAUAGCAGAACUCUACUCAGAACAGGCACAAACUAGAAUCUCAGGAUGUAGAUCAUGUUGGUGGGAAGAUCAUGAAGUUAGAGGAUGUCGCCAACUGUCUCUGGCUAUUUUACUGACCUGGUACACUGCCACCAACUAUCCAUCAACUGGAUAGUGGCAUGCCUGAAGAGAUGCAGGACCAGAGAUGGUGGGGCACCUUAGAACACUGGAUCCCAGAUGACAGGUGAGCCGAUUGAGGGAAGUUGAGUCUCAGGGCCAGAUUGAAAAAAAAAGACAGUUGAGAAAAAAGAAACGUGGACCAAAAUGGACAAGUCUGGUGUUUCAGGGUAGCCUUGGCUAUCACCUCGACCUCCCAAGGGAGCAAUGGCCAAGUUGGAUGAGGUAAGAAUGGAGCAUUAUCUUUCUUCUCCAUGACUUGUAACCUGCUUGAAACAAACCUGAUGACAGGAAAGGCCUCAACACACAUGUUGUUCAGUCAAUGUGUAGCUCAUGGUUGUGGACCCAUUGGUAAGCCAGGAUUGAGACGGUCUAAUAAUGACUGUCAGACAGGAAGAUGGGUGCUGGUGCAGUCUGGUGGUUACUUUCUCCAAGGAGAUGAUCAUCCAAGGUGCUUGGGCAGGACCAAACAAAGUACCUGCUUGAUUCCUUGCAGCUGGACUUAAUCCUCAUAAGUCAGGUUGACAUCAGACCAGAGUUAAUAAACAUAGUGAGGGUCGAUGUAAGAUGCCAAACCAAUCAAGGUGAUUGGAUCAGUAUUAAAAGAGACCAGCUUGCUCUUGAAACGGGAGCACAUAAUUCCAGUGCUUUUCUCUCUUCACUGGUUCCCCGUAAGGUACAGGAUCGAUUUUAAUAUCAUUUUAUUUGUUUUAAGUCUCCGAAUGGACUGUCCCCAGAAUAUCUGUCUGACCUUGUUAAAUUGUGUCCGCGUCGUGAGGUCAGAUAAUCGGGUGGUUUUAGACGAUCCUCAAUUAGAGUACAUAGUGUUACCAUCUGGGCGCUUGCAAGCCCCCCUCACCUCUAAGGUUCGGUUUACACGUUCCUUUGUCCCUACCUUCAUCAGCCUACUGAUAGAUGCUGAGGGUAGACCGAGGAGGUAGAUCUAGGUUUAGAUCUUAGCACUUUAACUUCAUGUGCAAUUCUUCCUAGCACCUUAAUUUCAUGUGCAAUUCUUCUUAGCACUUCAACUUUAUGUGCAAUCUUAGUACUUGGUACUUGGUGUUUCUUUUUUAGGAUUUCUGCUAUUUAUGUCUUGUAUUUUGUAUUGUUCUAUGUAUAAAUGUAUGUCUACGAUGUUGCACCCAAUUUGCCCCUCGGGGACACUAAAUAAAACGGAACUUUCUAAAAUCUAGGGGAGAUCGAGCAUUUUCUGUCGGGGCUCCCACUUUGUGAAAUGCUUUACCCCUGUUAGUGUGUACUGCAAAUAGCUUUUCCACUUUUAAAACACUUCUGAAGACGCACCUGCUCACUUAAGCUUUUGGGGAAGUAGAGCUACUUUUAUUGGGACUUUUAUUUAUUUGCUAUGUUUAUUUUUGUUGUUGUUUUAUGUUUUAUUGUUUGUAUUGUUUUUUUUAUUUUGUUGUUGUCUCUGGCUAUUUUACUGUGAAGCACUUUGGUAUGCCACUGGCUGUUUUUAAAUGUGCUAUAUAAAUAAAGCUGACAUUGACAUUGACAUUGACAUUGACCCCUUAACCCCCCAAAAAGUUCUUGCACUGCUGGCAAUUUGCAUUUUGACUAAGCUUCUCCCCCAAAAUCAUGGGAGCAAACUUUAAACACAUAAACACUUUGAGUCCCUAGAAUCUGGUGAUUAGUCUUAAACCUUUUUAUCACAAAUAAUGGUGCACCAUCAUGUGUCAUUAAAGGACUUAAGAUUCAUUUCAGAGUGUUGACAUGCAAACAGUUCAAAGUUACAGCGGCAGCACUGUACUUCAUCUGCUCACAUAGAUAUCAAGAAUAAAAGUAAGAAUUAACAUUACUUUCUGCAUGUACAGGCACUAAGAAUAUGAAAAGACUGUUUCUAAUCUGCUAUUAUAGAGACAGAAUGUUCACACACACGGGGUCUGAACAUGGGUCUGCACAGGCCCUGUAAGCAGCCCUGCAUCCUCAGUGUGAUCGGGCACAAGAGCAGGAGAGGGCGGAGAGGAGGAGAUGCUGACCUGUACCCACUCCUCCCAUCCCGGACACUAGUUAACUCAGCUGAAUCAAACCUCUGCAGACCUCCUCAGACUCACACAGACCUCCUCAGACCUCCCCCGCCCGGCUUACAGACAGAGAACAUGUGAGAAGACAUCAGUGGGGGCUGAAAUUGUUUGUGAAUCAGAGUGGAAAUAAUCUGAGGACGAUCAGAAAACUGCAGAGAGAGGAGCGACACAAUGAGCUGCGACUUCAUCACUGUGCACGGUAAAUACAUGCUUUAUGUUUCUGUGCACGAAGAAGAUAACUUUGCUUGGAGUAAAGUUCUUUAACUUUUAGUCUGGUUUGUUGUGUUUCGUCCAGGAAUCCUCUCGGGGUAGAGUCUAACUUUACGGAGACUGAAUCAAAGUUUUCCGUUUCAAUCUCAUGCAAAUGAUUUCGUCUUCUUUUGGGGGUUCACUGAAACCCUCCAUCACACUUUGAAGUUAGACUCCUGUAACUCUGCGGGUUGAUACCGGUCACUGAUUCGGGUCUCUUCUCUUCCCGCAGUACUUCUCCUGUGCGCACUCGUGCGGGCUCAGCAGCACCUCUUGCCCGGUUCGUGCAGCUUCGAGCUGGGCUCAUGCGGGUACACGUCGGACCCUGAGAGCGGUAGCUGGAGCAUGAAUGAAGAGGGUAGGCUACUCACUCAUCUUCACCAUCCUUCUGCAGGGGUACAUAGGGUGGGCUACCGAUGCAAAGAAGCCCAUACAAGCAGUUCACAAGCAAGUAAUGCUUGAAAACUACAACCCCAAUAUCCCUCCCAAAACAGAAAUACUAAAAUCAUCUAAAGCUUGAUAUUUUAAUGGGUUCAUGACAAUUGCUAUAUGCUCAUAUUAAAAUUAAUGCCAUGCAGCAACACAUUUAAACAAAGUAGGAAAAGGAGUAUGUUUAUCAUUAUGUUGUAUCACCCAUUCUUUUAAGUUUGGAAAGUCUAAUGUCCCAAUUUCUGUAUAUUAGGCUAUAAGACUCCCCCUCCUCUUUAGUUGAAGAUGCAGCAUAUCAAGUUUUGAUUUGUCGGACCACAGGAGAAUUUUCCAUUUCAGCCCAGUCCAUCUUAAGUCGGCUCAGGCCCAGAGAAGUUGCUGGUGUUUUGGAUCAUAUUAAUGGUUUCUUUUUUGCAGUUUUACCCGGCAUUUGCAAAAAACUCUAUUCAAAAGCAAAGGUUUAUGAGUUCGGUUUUCAGCCCAUGCAGCAAUCUCCACUUUAGAGUCAUGUCUGUUUCAAAUGCAGAGCUGAGGGCCAUAUUGGUUAUUGGUUUUAUCCCCCUUUUAUCAGAUUCUCUGGAUCUUUUAAUGAUAUUAUUUUACAUUGUGGAACAUUAGCCUGAAAUAGUUGAACUAUUUGUUCUUACAGAGCAGUGAACCUCUUACCAUCUUUCCUUCUGAUAGACUCAGCCUCUCUGCCAUUCCCCGUUUCAUAUCCAGUCAUGUUACUACCCUGUUAUAAAUUAGCCUGUUUGUAAUUUGUGAUUCAUGGCAUUUUUACAUAAUGAACAUCACGUCAGCAUCGGCUCUCACAAGGUCGUUUCUAAACAGUUGCACAUGUUUUCCAUCCUAAAUGAAAGCAUGUCAAAUCAUAAACAGUUAUUGUUCAGGGUUUUCUAUAAAUUUUGUUAUGGUGUAUAGAAAAAUGCAGUUGUGUUUCUCUGUUACGGUAGUAUUGAUUGCAAUAGUAAUUAUAUAAUUGUAGUAUUUAAUAUAUAUCUUAUAUAGCAACCACUGGCCAACCUGCUUUCUCAUUUGCCAUCGAAAAAACAGUAUGGUUGACCAUGAGCUAAGAUCUUCUGAUUCACUGUGGGUUAGGCUUUACUUUGUGGCCUGCCUAAGUUAACAAAAUGCCAAAUUUCAAACCAAUCUAUAAUCUUUGGAGUUUGAAAAUAAACCAUGCAAAAGUUCAAAACCUGAGUGUCAACCAGAGCUUGGUUGAAAAACUGGGUCAAAAUCUCAACAUCACAAACAAUUUGGUCUGGAUAGCUCAUUUCUGUAUCUAAUUUAACUGUACAGAAUAAAUAUAGAUACAAGUCACCUGUGCACAUUAUAUCAAAGAUUAAAGUUGGGUAUAAUUAGGAGUAUGGUCUUUUGUGUUGUAGCUGUUAGUUAAGUGGCUAAGCCAUGCUCUUAGCUCCAUCUCUUUACCUGUUACUGUGCAGUUCAGGAUGACUUUAGACUGACAAACAUUAGAAGUGAAGAUCUGUGUCUGUUACGUGAAGAGUUCACAGAUUAACUGAGUUUGACAGACUCUUAUUUUGAAAAGACUUUUCUACAGCUACAGAGCAGCUGCCUUCCUUCAGUUUAUACUCCUAUUUCUUAUAUAAAGAGUGUGUGUAAGUGUGUCUUUGUGUGUGUGUGUAAGUGUGCAAAGCUGCAGCUCCUGGUCAGCCCGGUUAACCGCACUCAGUCCGUCCUGCAGAUGCUCACAGGCUCCACCCCCCAGCGACAGAAAAUAGACCAACAAAGAAGAAAGAGACGACCACGGUGGUGUUUGUGUUUGGUUACCAUGGUAAUGAGGCAAUGUGGGCUCCAGCUAAGGAAGCUGCUCCCAAAAAAGAACCUGAGGGCCAGUUAGUGGUUAAACCAGGAGAGAGAAAUUUACUAACAGAGACGUCAGGGAGGAGGAGAGAGAGGAGGAGAGAAGUUUUUGUGUUAUGUUGCUCCCUUGUCUUCCUGACAUCACAUAAGUUAUCAAAUAGUUCCCUUUUAUUACCCCGAACACUGCCCCACUUCCCUCCUCUCUUCUGCCUAUACGGUGCCUGAGUGGAGUCUGAAUUCAUCGCCUUAUCGUCCACUUUUCUGAUGGACAGACAAGCAGACUGACAACUACUAUAUCAGUCUUGGUCCUUGUAUUCAGUUUGAACCUCUGGGUCGAGAAGGAGAGAGCAGCAGGAUCUAAUUUUUUGGAUGUAUUCAGACCAAUUAGAGAGUAAUUAUCAGGCUACAGUCAGUUCAAAGUGAGUUAGACCAGGUGGCAAAAAUGUGUCUUCAGUGUUAAGACUCGGCUAACCUCCUGAUGUUUCAUUUUGUUUAAACGAUACUGAAUUCAUAAAAUAAACAUUUUCAAAAUUGCUUAAUUACAGAGUGACAGCCAGACGUAACAAACACUGAAGUGACACCUGAUAGAGUCAGAUUAUGAUUAAGUUAUUUAAGUACCCUUCAUCAACUCUUUUUCUGUCAGGACCGAAGAGAAUUGUUUAUAAUUGUGUGAUUAGUUAUAUUUGGCCAUAUGGAUCUGCUCUGGGAGCUCCAUGCCCUUCCAAAGCAUGAACACCCUCCUCCUUUUCAAUUGAACACAUAGAGGCAGGGAGAGCAGCAGGGAAAAUGGGAUUAGUCAAAAACUGAUGGGCUCCAGACAACUGUGCGAGUGUGGUGUGAAUGGGUGAAGGUGACAUAUGAUGUUAAGUGCUUUGAGUGACCAUAAGACUAGAGAAAGCAUUAAAUAAACAUGGUCCACUUACCAUUUUGUCUAUAUUUACAAGUAGGACACUGUGAUUUUUCUUCUUUUCAAAAAAGAGCCCCGAGGUACAGAACAGAACAGGUAUUAGUGACAGUACAUUAAAAACACAUUUAUAAGUAGGAACUCGAAUGGAGGGAGGAGUGUGUCAGCGGGCUAAAGCAGUUUUAAUGAAAAUCGCCAUUUUUGACAUUUUCCAGUCUGAUGGGUAGAGGGUAAAUUAGCUUCACUGCAAGCUGAUAUGGGCUAGGGCAGUGGUUCCCAAAGUGGGCCAUGCGCGGCAUAAUUGCAGGGGGGGGGGGUGAGACAAGGCUGAAUAAAAAUAAUGCACAUUGUGUUGCACUGCUAACCAUGGCAAACGUCAGCGGACCCCAGGGAAAACGCAAGGGCGACAACGACACUACAUCAAGACCAAGUACCGAUCAAGACUGGACAUUGAAAAUGAACUGAGAGUGUCAGUCUCACAGCUGCACCCAAGACUGGGGAAGAUCUGUGGCACUAAACAAGCGCACUGUAGCCACUGACUUAUUUUAGGCGCUGAAAGAAUAUAUCUUUUGACAGCUUUUGAAGGAUGGUGUGUUUUUUUUAUACAUUCACAUAUUUUUCAUCAACAUGUUGAUGUGUACAGUCAGGUGUAGGGGGGCCUAAAACAAUUUUUAUCUGCCAAAUGGGGGCCCGGCAGAAAAGGUUUGGGAUAGGGCAAGGAUAAGCUGAUAAACCGUGGCCUGAGCUCAACUUUUUGUCCUGCUUGAAGGCUAUGCUCAAUGCAUUUUAACUUCAAAGUGCUUCAAGAUUAAAUGUAGUAUGACUUAUAGAUCCACUCACAGAUUGAUUUAACAGAGACGCAGCAAGAGACGCACAGAUAGGAAGUUCAGACUGUUCCAGAAGCUCAGCUGACCUCAGGUAACCUCUUGGCGGUAUGACAGAGUGUGAUUUGAAAACCAUGUCACUGGAGAGGAACCUGCUCAAAGAAUAAAGUCAGGCCGCUUUACCUCAAUCGUACUGUUACUUAGAUGAGACAUCUGGACUCUAUGCAAGAGCAGAAUCAGAGUUUUGUUCCUGCAGGAUGAUCCUCCAUCAACAUCUUGUGACCAAAUAAGGAUCACAGAGAGAGAGGUGCCUGCCCCCCAACAUACACACACACACACACAACCUCAGUCUUUCUCUUUCUCACACACAUGCACUCCGCUGAUUUAAGACUGGAAGCUUUUAAGCUCUAUAAACACACUUUAUACCCUGUAAAUGGACUGACUCUGUGGGUAAAGUAGUCUCUGAGCUGUGACUUAAAGGGAGAGAUUCAAACUGUCUCAUGUGUGCAUAUGUAUGUUCUACGGUAUUUUGUGUCCUCGUGGUGUGUGUCUUUUUCUGUAUAUAGUUGUGUUCCUGCAGCUGAACUCUCCGUGUGACUCUAGGUAAUGUCAGAGAGGAUCAGAGCAGGAAAUUAAUAAGUUAGAGUUUCCUGUUGUUCCUGAGCGUGCUCGGUGCUUUCAGUCGCUAACUUGCUCCAUAUCCUCCUGAUUGAGAUGAGUGUUUGUCCCAAGGUUUGUCCAUCAGACAUCUGAUAGCAGCUGAGGUAAAACAGAUUAUCAGCAGGUCUAUAAAGUCUUUUAAUGCUCAUUAACAGCACUUUUGUAAACUCAAACUAUCAGCCAGCCAUUAAACUGAUAUGAUUAGUUUGUUUGUUACUCAAUUUGUGAAUAAAGUUCCUUUUAGGGAUCAGUAAAGUUCUUCUUAUCUUAUCUGAGAUUAUCAGGUGGUCUGUUCACUGGAGGUCUGUAAAUUCAGUUUGGUGGGUCAUCAGAUUUUUGUAAAGCCAAAGUUUUUAGAGUUUGCAUAAAGAAAAACCAACGUAAUAUACCAGCAUAAAUUUAAGUUAUGGUCAAACACACCGUUACACCGAGUUAGACACCCCCUCUAGAGAUGAAUGUUGCCGACUGCUUGCUUCUCUAGUUACACCAACUUUAGUAACGACCGCACAAUAGCAAUACACAGCUGUCUGAGGAGCCAUAAACAAACCUCAACCAAAGCGCCACUUUAUAGCCACAAAUAAUGCUCAGAACAGCACCUAACUUCAUCAACAGUACAUGUAGGGUCUUAGCCACAGCACUAGCCACCAAACAUCUUUUUAAUUUUGCCUAAUUUCUUUAGCAAAAAGACUAAACACAACUCACCUACUCUCUUCUAGCAGCCACUUGUUUGUAGUGGAGACCUCAGGCCAGUCCAUUAUGGACAGCUGCGGGGUGACGCAGCUCAAGGAAGAACAUUUAUGAUUGGAAAUGCAAUCAGACUGAGACGCAAAGGCAGAAGAACUACCGCGUCUGCAGUGCAAAAUGAUUGAUAUGGUGAUUAUUACUUCAAAGAAAUGAUGAAGAAAUUACAGAAACUCUGUGUUACAGUGUGUUUGACCCUAAAUUAAUUUUACACCGGAAUAUCCCUUUAACUUUCCCUCUGAUCACAUUUGCGUCUCUGAACUAUGAGAUAAGGAAAAGAGCUUCAAGUGGGUCCAGCAGGUAUCUGUCUGAUAUCUAGACCAUGUUUUCCUUUGGUUUUGACUGUUUAAAGUGAAAGACACGCACACUCUGCUCUCAGCUGCAGGUGUGGGUUCAUACAGGUGAUUAAAGAGUUAAUUCCACAGGUGUUGGAGGUAAAUCUGAGGUCAGUUUGUCCGUUAAGCUUCUCCUCUUUCUCUCACCUCCCCUUUCUCAGAAUGAUCUCAUGAAAACAGUCAGGGAGUGCAGAAUCCUGAUUAGUCAGCGCAGAGAAACAAUUGUGAUGGGAAACAUGUUGAACAGUUUAGUCUGAUUCAUGGGAACUUUUUGUUUGAAUUACACACAGAGUCGCUCAUCAAAACCUCUCAAAAAGUCAGGGUUAUUUUCAAUUCUCACAAGUCUAACAGCACAACAGAUACAGACUUUAUAGACUGUAUAUAAAUUAUUGAUAAAAAUAAUACUUUUCAGUAUGGUAUCAGAUAUUCGUUUAUCUGUAUAAAACAUUAGAUUGGCAGCUUGAACCUAGUUUUAUAACCACAUAAACAUGAUAUAUCUUUAUCUUUUAGGACACCUGAUCUCUGUGGAAUCAGAAUUCCUUCAGGACUAUGACGAGGCAGUUCUGGUGAGUCCAGUUCUAGAUCACCAGGACUGGAGCUGUGUGCGUCUGGUGUAUCAGAUCACAGGGAAAGGGUCUUUCCAGAUCCAUCUCAGACCGGACUCAGACAACUUUGACUACCUGCUGUGGUCCUCCAGCACAGCCUCUGACAGCUGGCUCAUCUCCAGCCUGGACCUACGUAACUCCACUGAGCCUAUCCAGGUAUGAUUUAUAGAGACACAGACCUACAGACACGCGCUUGGAGGUAGCAUUACAGUUUUCGGAGUCAGAUAUAGUAGUUCAUGUAGUUUGAUGAUGUCCACACAAGCUUCACUUGAAAGAUCAGAUGACAUUUGUUCCAUUCCCGCUGUAACUGAAUGUAUAGACCAUUGGUUAUACAUGAGUAUAAUAAAUAUGGUAGACAUACUGGCUCCUACUCCUCUCAUUGUAAAAAAAAAAAGUGUUACUGCCUCAAAAGAGCACUGGAUCUGUAGUAUUGAAGCCAAAAUACUCACUCUAACCUGUUAUUAAAACAUCAAAGCAGGUGGAUCGUGUCCACAGCCAAAUAUUUUACUGUGUGGGAUUAAAGCAGACACUCGCAGUCUUGGAAAGUUCCAUGUGUUGGUGUAAUUCAUGUUCCCUCUCACCAUUCCUCUUGUACUCUGAUAAUCAAGUGCAUGUAGAAGCCAGAAGGAGCCUCAUUGGUUAAUUAAGCUGUCAAUCAAGGUUUUGUAGCCCUUUUAUUGCAUUAACUAACUAAUUUAAACUAAACUUCUGCACCUGGGCAUAAGAACAAACUCAAACAACAACAAAUGAUGAGAUUAAACAUUUUAAGAGAUUUUUUUUAAAUAUGCACUACAAGAAAAAAGUUACAAUUUCAAGUCAAGAGUAAAAAAUCAAUGUUGUUGGACAUUGCUUUUUUAACUGCUCAUAGUCUAAAAGACAAAAAUCAGAUUUUUUUAAUAUAAAACUUUGUGUUAAAUAAAUGAAAAUGGACAUUUUCAAACUAUAUUAAAAAAAUUUCUUAACAUUUUUACAUUUUCGCAAUGCAAAAGUGCAGUCAAGGAAUUCAUUGGUGUACUCUCUGCUAUGUGAUGUUAUUUAUAAAACUAAUAAAACUGUUGUUUAGCCACAUAACUUGAAUACUUUCAUAGAUUGGAUGAUGAAGUUUUGUUGGCUGUGAUGAAAUUUGUGUGCAAUGAACAGAGAAAACUUGUUAGAUGAUACGACUCAUUCUUCCAUUCAAAAAGCUCAAGCUGUUUGGUCUGCAUUCAAUUAGACGAUCAUGUGCACAGAUACGGCAGCCCCGCUCAGACAAACUACACACAGAACUAGAAUAUGAGCACAAUUUAAUGUCUUUGGGAUCAAUUUUGGAAAAAAUUGAGAGAAAACUUCAUCAGCUGACUUCAAAACAAAAAUAAAGAUCAAGGAAAACAUUCAUAGAGAUAUAAUGGUGUCAAAAGGACUGUUUGUCUUUCAAAUGUAGUUGAGCAAAAUAUGUUUACACUCCAAAUGAUAAAGCUUUUGUGAGGAAAUUUUGGUUCAUAUCAAUCUGAGUGCCACCAGUGGACGAAGCAGUCUUUGCUUUUCUUGUCUGCUACAUGUAGUGUACAAGCUGACUUUGGACAAAGAAAUGUAAGAUUUAUUAUGAAUGUUUUAUGUGGAAACUGUAAAAACAGGGCUGUUAUUUCAGCUGCUCAGCUCAUACCUACCACCUAUCAUCCCAGUUUCAAGCAUUUAAAAAUACAGUAUAAAAACUGCAACAUAAUGAAUUUCAGUGUAUUUUUUACAUGUCAAAACACUCCUCACAGGAACUUUAGGUCAAGUACACAUGCUCCAAAACAUAACUACAAAUGCUUUAUGUAUUUGUGUUAUCUGAUCCCCCAGUUUGUCUGCUAGCUCUCUUGAACGUCUCUUUGUUUUUCUUUCUCUCUCUCUCCUCGAUCUCUUUUAAACCGUCUGCCUCGCACAGGUAUUUGAUGUUUACAUCUCUUCAAAGUCCCUUUAGUCUUUAAUGUGUUUAUGACUGUGGCUGACCUAACCCUGUGAGUGUUCUUUAUAUAAAUAAGGAUUUUCUGGUUGAUCUAAAUUUAAAGAAGCCGAUGUUAAACACAGACUGGGGUGAUGUCAUGUGACCUCAGUGUGCUGACCUGCUUCUUUACAGAGAGGCAGAAAGCCGUUAUGCAACAUUGUGAUGAUAAAUUAGUGUUAAACCUCAGACAGACAGAGAGGGUGUGUGUAAUGGAGAGUGUGAGUCUAUUCCACAUGUUGGUUAAUGAGAGGAAACGCACACUCCUCCAGUUGCUCAGAAAAAAACACUAACAUUAACAGACUGACAGUAAAACACGGAGGAACAUCCACAGACCUCAGCCUGAGUAAAAAGCAGGCCGACUCUGUAGAAGUCCAAGAGAAAAUGUUGAUUUAUUCCCUUGGUAAACAUUUUCUCCAUGGGUUUUUGGUCUCAAUCUGUCAUUUCAAGUCUCUUCAAUACUGAAUGAUGUUCAUUUUGUAGAUUACAGUCCCAUUUAGAGUCAAACAGACGAGCGGGCAGGGUAGAUCUGCAAUUCAGAGUUAAUAGGAACAGCUUUUCAAAGGUGGUCCACCAGCUACAGCAAUAAAACACACUGAUUUACACCAGUAAUUGUACCAUCAUCAUUUCAUACAUGAAUGUAACCCAUUAAACCGACAGAGACACUUUAUUUACUACAUGUCUAAUCUAUGAUUACUUCCUAUGAGUGCCUUUACAAGUUGUGUAGCCUACUUUUCCCUCUGAUAACAACUCAAUUUGGUGUUUUCCAUGGAUCUUAACCUGCCGUAAAAAUAGCCCAGAUCUCACUGCCCCUCCACCUUCUUAAGUAGAAUGCCAAAGCCUUUGGAGGGAAAAGUACACCUCUGUUUCAUGUACAUAAAUGAAAAGUCAAGGUAGGGAGAGCAGCAGCAAAGACAUCCCAGAGGACAGAAUAGAGCAGGCACCAGUGACAACAGUUUUCAAUUUUAACUGAAAAUCAAGUAAACCAGCGUUGAUAUCCCAAGAUAAUGUGAAAAAUAGUUUAGAUUUUGAGUAAACAGCUGGAACAAACUCUUUAUCAGGACAAACAGAGUAAAAGUGAAGUGUACGGAUGGUUGUCUGCUGAAAGUAUCUGUAACUGCAAGUAUUUUCUCUCUCAGAUUUUGCUGACAGGUCGACCUGAAAGAGGAUUUGGAAACAGCGUAGCCAUCUUUGAAAUCCACAUCGUACCUGGAUACUGCAUAGGUCAGAGUCACUUGACACACACACACACAGACACGUGUCAAAGGGUCAUAUUUAAUUAUAGUAACCAUUAGAUCUAUAUCUACACAGUGUGAAAGAAAUAUGACUCUUUAACUGUACAGUAAAAAGAACCAUUGCAUGUUACAAAAUCAAUAAACCUGUAUUUUUAGUGUUAGUAUUGGGGUAAUCAGAUAAAGGGAAGAGUGUUGGGUGUCAUAUUGAUAGAGAGUAUUUAAUAGUUUUUAAAUCAGGAUUUUCCGCAUUUGCACUGAUUUAAGAGCUUCAUGCCCUUCUAUGGUUGUGAAUGAGAGAUGCCAAAGCCUGAUGCAGGUAGAGCACACUGUCCUGUUUCACUUGUACACAUGGAAGGCCAGGACAGGGAGAUCAACAGCAAAGACCCCUGGUGCACCAGUGACAAUAACACACUAGUAAAAUCAGAACCAGCACAAAAAAUAGGGGCUGAUGUGGAAGCAAAGAAGGCAAAAAGAGUGUCAAGGGUAAAGGAGUUUGAAUAGCAGAGCACACCCAUUUUGACUUUUGCCAAUUGGACGCACAGAAGGUAAUUAGCUGAUAGAACAACAAUUAUCACGAUAACCGCUUCAGGGUCACAAAAGCCUUUAUGUAAUCAUGUACAUACAGCAUGUAGCACAUUAAAUAUGAUGUGUAUUUUGCUUGUUUUUGCAGAGUGCAAUUUUGAGGAGCAUCACCUGUGUGGUUACAGCAACAGCUGGAACCCAAAUGUGAACUGGUACGUAGGAGGAAGUAUGACCAGAGAGAGAGAGGACAACCAAACCAACAACAGAGGUACACACACACACAAACACACACACUCACUCACAUACUGAAAGCACUCAGUGUCCUCUGAUGUUUAAAAACACUGGGAUAACCUGUCUCUGCGCCGGAUGAGCCUGUGAUCAGAGAGUGAACACUAACAUGUCAGUUAGUUCGUGUGUUUAGGUGCACAAACACAACAUUUAGUGUGUGUUAACUUGCACAAACACAACAUUCAGUGUGUGUUAAUGUGCACAAACACAACAUUCAGUGUGUGUUAAUGUGCACAAACACAUUAUCCAGUGUGUGUUAAUGUGCACACACUGAAUGAUGUGAAUUUCCCUCUAGGAUAAAUAAAGUAUUCUGAUUCAGAUUCUGACAAACACGUCAUUCAUUGUGUUUCCGAGUGCACAAACACAUAUUUGUGUGUGUGUGGUCAGUUGUUUAUGUCUGCAGUCACAUCUGGUUGUUUCUGUGCAGGAUGAUGAACGGGCUUCAGUCUGACUGCUGCCCAGGAGAAAACACACACACACAAACACAAACACACAUUGUUACACAAAGUCCAAAUCCAGUGUUUUUGUUGGUUUAUGUCAAAUGGUUUUUCUUCAUCCCCUAAUGUGAGGAAGGGUGCAGACUAUCACUAUGUUAUUGUACUCAUCAUUAUAAAUAAACCAUAUGAUAAAGACAAGACUGUGUGAGCAGUAAGACGACAGCUCAUCUUCUGCAGAUACAGCAGAUAAAAGUUCAAGAGUCUUUCUGUUAAUUAUAUUUUUCUAAUAUUGUUGUGUUUGUGUUGAAAUUAAAGGCACGAUUAACUUUUUUUUUAAAUAGUCACUUUAUGAUAAGAUACGUUAAAACCAGUUCAACUCAAGGUCAAGCUUAAAAUCCAAACCUCAUUCAACCACCUGACACAACGGAGAUCUUUGCAAGUCAAAGCUCUUCCUUACUGCUAACAGCUCUGUGGUCUCUGAGGCUGACAAUCAGGUCGCACAGUCAGGUCAUAUGAUUGAAGGUUCUGAAGGUUCAGGUUGUAAUUUGAAAGGGGAUACUUUGAAAGUUUGAACUGGUCUGUUCUUGCUGUCUGAGUUUAAAGAGAUGUUUACAGUGAUAAACAGUCACAGUGUGAUAUGAAGACAAAGUGAGAGAUGUCACUGAGACUGUAUGCUGAUCAGACAUGAGGUAAAAAUCAUUAAUGAUCUUAUUACUGACACCUAUUACUGACUGUUACAGGUCACUACAUGUAUGUGGACUCAGUCUACGCCAAACACUUCCAGGAGGUGGCGAAGUUUACAUCUCCCAUGACGACGGUGCCGAUGUCAGGCUGUCUGUCCUUCUUCUACCACAGAGACCAGGAGAUGGGAAACAUCUUCUCUGUCUUCACCAGAGACCAGCAGGGACACUAUGAGGAUGUGUGGAAACCUGAUGUCUACAUUACAUCUGGGUGGACUCAUGUCAGUGUGGACAUCAAGGCCCCAAGACCCCUGGAGGUCAGGAACUACAUCACAACAACCCCCAUCUUUAUUUAAAGUUACUUAAAACUACAUAUGGCAAAAUAAAACUACAAACACUCAUUCAAUUUAACAACACAGUUGGUGGAUCACAGAUCAGACUUGAAAGAUUAACGAUUUAAUACAAAACAUAGUUUAUCGUAGAUUAUGGAUUAUGAGUCACAGAUUUUCGGAUCACAAAUUAAGAUACGAGAUAACAGAUCACAGAGCAAAGACAACAAACCUGUAAUUUCAGAUAAAAAUCAAAGAUCAGAGCUCACUGUUUAAAGCUAAAGACUGAAAUUAAGGGAAGGGAGAUCACAAAUGAUAAAAUCACAGCUCAUUGAUUAGAGAUCACAGGUUAAAAAUCACAUGUUUCAGAUUUGCACAAGUCAGAUCACAGCUUUUUAAAUCAGAGGUAACAGAUUAUGGAUCACUAAUUAGAGAUUGAAGGCAUGAGGUUAGAGAAUUAUGAAGACAGAUCUCAGAUUACAGACAAAAUAUCAGGUUACAGAUUAUAAGAACUUCAAAAAGUAGAAAUCCCAAAGAUCACAAAUAAAAAUGUUCAGAUUAGAGAUCAGUGAUUAAAGGUUUUAGAUUAGACAUUUACCAACACAGAUACUAUAUUACAGAUCACAAAUGACAGAUAAUAUAUCACAUAUAUCAGAGGAUUCAGAUAAAUGAUCACAGGCCAAAAAUCAGACAUAGACUACAGAUUAAAAAUCACAGAUUAGAGAUCACUCAUUUUUAUUUACAGAUCAGAGAUUGCAUUAAACUGAUUAGAUAUCAGCAGGAAUUGGUUGGAGUGUUGAUGGUUUCAGCCUGAUUCUUCAGCCCUCAGAGAUAAUCUCGCUUUUAUCUAAGAGUAUGUGGAGUUAAAUGUGUUUUUAUGGUGAUAAAGAAAUGAAAACAGUCCAACCUGAUGAAGGAGGUAAAGUGAAUCUAGCUGGGUCCUGUAAGGGCAGCUGUGUUAACAGUCAGAGAGCCAUCACUUAUGACUAUUUUUAGAUAAACAUUACAGUAAGAUGAACCUUGUUAGAUAAAAAUAGAGCUGUUCGUUGGGAUAGUAAUAGACACAGUCAUCAGGUUGAUUAACACCGUGGAUUAAUCCGGGUGAGCACAAAAAAAAGAUCAAACACACACUGACAGAAAACAGGAUCAACACAACCCUCUGUUGCCCAGAGCAACAAUGUGAUGAAUAGAAACAACCAAAAUACAGUAAUAAUAAUAUCCUGACCCUCUGAGAGUGCUGCAGCUUGAUUUCUCAGCCGGUGCUCCUAAGUAGAGAUCAAACUUUUAAUUCGUCAAACCUGUUGGCUAUGUAGAGGUCAUGUGAUCGGAUAGAAAACAAUAAUCCACUCUGUGACUGUUCCACUUGGAUUGAUGCAGAGAUAUCCGCAGUUGUUACUCAUGCAUUAUUGAAAAGGACUUUUUUCACAUGCUAAAUUAUUUGACAUGCUUAACAUUUUUUCUGUCUCAUCUUAAGCUGCACACGAAAUCUGCAAAGAAAAAAACGCCUCCUCACAUAAUUUCAGUGUUUCCUGAGCUAUAAGCCACAGUCUGCAGUGUGCGUGUGUGUGCAAGUGUGUGUGUGGAAAAACUCUCGUAAACGGUGUGUAUCUGGGUCACUUCCUGAGUUCACCCAAAAUUUUCCAAGGAACAGAGACUUUCAGAGAUCGAGGUUUCUGAUGUAAUGUCUGAGUGUGUGUAAGGGAUCAGAACAUGGUAGAGUAUUACAACAUGUGUAACAGUUAUACUCUGUGUUAUCCAUUAAUCACUGCUAGUUCACUUAUAUGUGUGUGUGUCUAUGUGUGUGUGUGUGUGUGUACUCUAACAGCUGGUGUUCGAGGCGGCCUUUAACAGUGCCAGAGGAGGAUAUGUGGCCAUAGAUGACAUCACAUUUUCACCUGAUUUCUGUCACACCGACACAGGUGAGAUGAAACCGGACACACAUUUACAGUCGCUAAAUGUGCCACACAAAUCAGAAAGAGAGGGCGGUCAGGGGGAGAGAAGGGGGAGCAAAUUAAGGUGACAAAAACAAUAGAGAGAAACAGAAAAAAUGUGGGGAAAAAACCCAACAGGAUGAGGCAUGAGCCUGAUGUGAAGUCUAAACAUAACCCUGCUUAACUGUGGUACAUCACAAUAUGAACAUUUGUAUUCACCAUUAAGACUUGACAGUUUCUGAUGGCUUUUUCUUCUCAGUCCUGUAAUGCCAUCCCAUCAAAGCCCAUAUCGUGUUGUUGUUUUGUGGUUGCUUAGCGUCAGGUUUCUCUAAUUUGACUCACCCUUUAGUGUUACACAAUUUAUUUUUUUUUAACUUUUUGGCCUUUUUUUUUUAGAGAGGAAGGACUUUAGUUAAAGCAGGGAACAGGGAGUGGGAGUGACAUGGAAGGAAGGGACUGCAGGUUCCACAUAGGGUGGGCUUGGACUACUAGACCAGCGGUACCUCUUGUGUAUUUUGACAGGGGCUGAAGGCCAGGUAGAAGCCUCUGCAGGAGGUAACCCAGAAUCCUGAAGAGGUUUAGAGACUCAGAGUUGAGUCUCCCAAUCAUCUCUAAGUCGCCUUCAACUUGUCCAAAAUGCUGCUGCCCGUCUUUUAACCAACACUAACAGACGUGAGGACAUCACUCCUGUCCUUAGCUCUCUUCCCGUCUCUUUUAGGAUUGAUUUUAAACUUUUAAUGUUUGUUUUUAAAGCUCUUAACGGCUUUACCCCCAUCUAUUUAACUGAGCUUAUAACCGUUCGGGAGCCGGGUAGAGCUCUGAGGUCGUCAAAUCAACUUCUGCUGGAGGUGCCCAGGUCAAAAAACAAGCACUGGGGUGACUGAGCCUUUUCAGUUGCUGGUCCCAGUCUCCCCACUGUAAUAAGCUCCACACUGAAAUGAGACUUAUUUCUGACCUUGGCCUUUUCAAAUCCUGAUUGAAAACAUACUUAUUUAUGCUGGCUUUUAAUACCCAGUAGCAUAAUGACACUUUAUUUUAUUGAAUUGUAUUUGAUUCUUUUUCUAUUGCUUUUUAUUGUUUUUAUGUAUUCAUUUUUAUUUUCUAUGCAUUGUGAAGCACUUUGGUUCAUCGGAAGGGUUGUUGUAAAGGGCUGUAUAAAUAAAGAACAUUUACAUUUACAUUAAAUUUUUUAAAAUCACCCUCUGUCUUCAUAUUUAAACUGUUUAACACCUGCUUUUGUUCAACACACCAGUUCACGUCUUACCUGUUGAAUCCUCUCUGACCUCUUCUUGACCCUGUGCGUAUGUGUGUGUGUUUCAGAGCCCACCUUUGACCCCUCAAUAGCAAACUGUGACUUUGACAGAGGAAUGUGUCUGUACCAUCAGGAGAGAGAGGACAGCACAGGGUGGAGACGGGUCACAGUGAAAGCCAACUUGUACAGGAUAGGUGACCACACACUAGGAACAGGUAACACACACAAAAUAUUGAAACAUUUCAGUCAAACAAGAACAUUAAUGUGCAUGCAAUAAGCUGGAUUUGGCAGUAUGCCUCUUCUCUCUCUGUCCUAUGCCUCAGUCUAACACACAGUGUGUAACAGUGUUGCAACGAUGGUUUCCUCCAUCUCCUUCAUCACAGGGAGUUUCCUCCUGGCGAACGCUCCCUCCUCCUCAAGACCCGGGUACGUUGGGCGUCUCCAUGGCCCCUUAUUGCCAGGUAACCACAGGUACUGUGUGAGGUUCUUCUACCUGCUGCACGGCUCCAAGAGCAUCGACAACGCUCUGCUCCUCUAUAUCUAUGACGAAAACAAUGUGGCCCAAGAGAAGGUGUGGACACUGGGUGAUUCCUCCAGAGGCGUGUGGACUCAGAUGGAGAUCACCUACAUGAAGCCCAUGACUACUAAGGUGAGGAGGUGACUUUAUAUGAUAUUCAUAAAUGAACAUUGUACAGAGUGGUGUGUGUUUAUCAGUGUGUCUUUGUGUCAGUUGGUGUUUGUCAGCAUCUGCAAGAACUUCUGGGAGUGCGGUCUGAUUGCCAUCGACGAUAUCACAGUUAGCCUCGGAGACUGCCGUGCACACACAGGUAAAUUUUGUUCCAUCAGACUGAUAUUUACAGAUAUCAGGGACGUAAGAAACCCUCUUCUAAUUUUCAACAGAUGAAUGACUGUUUUUCUCACAAGUCAAAAGCAAAGUUACAUCAAAAUUUAAAAUAUCCCUAAAAAGAAAAAAAAAAAACCUUAAAUAUCUGAACCUUGCUUCAAGCAGAUCCCCUCCCUACUGAGUGUGACUUUGAGGGUGGAGUGUGCGGAUUUAUCCAGGACAAGACUGAGGACAAAGCUGAUUGGCUGAGAGUUCGAGGGCACACCCCUACCUCUUACACUGGCCCCAGAGGAGACCACACCACAGGGGUGGGUGAGUUCAUCCAUUUAAUUAUUUUUUCAGUGUUGUAUUAAUAAAAAAAGCGUUACACGCUCGACAGUCUGUAAGUCUAACUCUGUGUUCCUUCUCUAGGUCAUUUCCUGUACAUUGAGGCGUCUCUCAUGCGUCCAGGUCACAAAGCUCGCCUCCUGACCUCUGACCUGCGGGGCUCAUCUUCGACUCAGUGUCUAGUCUUCUUCUUCCACAUGUACGGCUCAGGAACAGGCAUACUGAGCGUGCUCCUGCGUGACGGGGAAACAGACAGGCUUCUAUGGAGGCGCCGCGGAGAGCAGAGCGUCAGCUGGAUGAAAGCGAUGGUGGACUACACCUGCAUGAACAAACACCAGGUACAAACACAAACACUGAUACCUACUCUAUUCUGUACCUCAGGAGUCUUUUUUUACUGCUCUCCUUGCCUUGGAUUUUCAUUUGUGCACUUAAAAGAGAGGGAAGGUCUUCUUCACUGGCCUUGGACUUCCACACACACACAUGGAAGGGCAGGGAGCUCUCAGAGUAGAGCAAGACAACCACAUGUAAAUUAUUGCAUGUAAAUAAUAAUUCUCUUUGGUUAAAGUGGUACUUACUGAAAGUGGUUCUGGUUUGAAACUUGAUUCUGUUAAAUCUAAAAGAGGAAAGCUGGAUUUUCUAUUUUAGAGAAGGGUAAUUCUGGGAAAUGAAGUAACCUCAGUUCUGACUAAGUUACUGUGGUAACUGAAUCUGUAAACAUGACCUGGUUUGGAGCAGGUUUUACUCAGUGAACCCUGAGUUUCCCUCGGUCUCCCUUUUAUGUCUGCAUUUAUUCAUUAAGGCCAUAACAUGAUUACGCUAUAAGCGAUUCAAUUUUGUGUAUAAAAACAAAACAAAACUAGUCUUUCAGGUAAACUAGUCUAUAUAAAACUCUUUCUUCUCUUUGAAGGGGGAGUAAGGACUGGAUUUUUAGAUCUGGAUGUUUUAUCAUCUCUUGGUAUCUACCUGUUUGCCAUGCUAACAUGCUAACUUAAAUGUUAAAUUGAUUAGGUUAAAACAAUGAACUGAACAGGAUAAAGGUGAGAGGAAAUCUGUGUCUGUGUGAAACCUGCAUUAUGUUUACACAGGUACAUGGUAUUUAGUUUUAAACCACACUUGUGGAUGCAGGGACAUACAGUGUUCAUGGAUUAUGGUUUUGAAGGUGCUGCCUAACGGCCAGAGGAUAAUGGCCAUAAAGCACCGACACUUUGUUUUGUCCUUUAUGUACAGAGAUUUAAAUAAUUUUGUGUACUGUAAAUGUUUAAGACCCUGAAUUCUUCUCAGUGUUACACUGAGACACAUUAUUCUGAAAUAUUUGAACCAUUUUCACGUAGUCUCUCACAGAGCAGUGGACUUCUUCCAAUCUUUGCUUCAGAGGGACUCGACUUCUCUGUAAUGUUCUUUUUAUACCCAGUCAGGUUACUAACCUUUUUCAAAAUAACAUCAUUAGUUAGGAGUGGUUCCUCUAUGUGUGUUUUCUUAGCAUUACACAAUGAUUAGUAAACCUUUAUCUCUGUUUUAUUAGUAUUUUAAAAAAUUAGGUUGCGUUUUAAAUUGAGCAAUCCAUGUUUUGUUCUUGUUCAGAUUAUAUUUGAAGCCAUCAGAGGGCCAACACUUCGCAGCGACAUCGCUUUAGACGAUAUCAGCUUUAAGAGAGGACCAUGUACAGGUGAGAACACCAUCUAUCACCUGUCACUUUAAUAUGCCUAUACAAACAGGUUGAUAAAAACAAUUUUAAGACUGGGAUGUUUGUAUUUUAUUAUCUUAUUAAACGUACUUUUAUCAUCUGUGUUGUUGUUUUCUCUGCAGAUCUCACAGAUGUCACUCCCUUCUCUGGAUCCUCUGAAUAUUUUAAUGAGAUUGAAAAAUGAACCUGUUCAGAAAAAAAUGAGAUACAAUUAGAAGAAACAAGACAAUUUACAUGUUCGUAGAGCGACCUGAGUGCUUGCUGCUGUCUUCAUUCUUCAGUUUUCCUGACAUCAGUGUGAGAGACUGGAACUGAUCAAUAACCCUGAUUUCCACUUUGUGUGACAGAAUCAUAUAUUUACAUCUCCUGGUUAAUAACUCAGACACGACCAGUGUUCAAAACCACACCAGAGAGAUUUACUGACGUUCAACAGAUUCAAGGUAAUAAUUUCAGACAGACUGUGCCAGUCAGAGAUAUGAGGACAAAUGAAGUUAUUGUGAAAACAAAGUGGUAAAUAAUAAUAUAAUGUGACUACCUGAGGGAAACAAACAGCAUUUCCAUUAUCCUCAUCACCUCCCCUGUCUGCAUCACCUCAUCUGGACACUGACAGACUCUGUUCAUAAUGAGUUUACAUUGUUUACAAAAUAAAUUUGGAAAAAAACA